AUGGUGGAGAUGGAGAUAAUUUCUUUUGCUCUACUUGCGGCACCCGAUACAUUAUUUCACCAGCAGACAGAAAGGGCACAGACCAACAUCCGCGAGUGGCUAAAAACCUUGAACGAGAAAGACUUUCCAAUUACUAAUUGGCUGUGGUUCCGAGUGAUGACGAAUCUCGCCCUGGUCAAGGUAUGCGGUGUUCCGUACGAGACAGUAAAGACAUACAUGAAAAACGACCUUGAUCAGCUGGAGAAUUUUCAUCUAGACCAGGGAUGGUCAGCAGAUGGCUUUUGGAACGAGAACGGUCGUCAGGCGGACUACUAUUCUGGGAGUUUUGCAAUCCAAUUUUCGCAGCUACUGUACAUGAAGAUGGCCGAGCAAUUUGACCCGAAUCGAUGUCAGAAGUUCCGCGAGAGAGCAAUCUUGUUCGCUUCGUCAUUCUGGCGUUACUUCGAUAAGACUGGUGCUGCGAUUCCCUUUGGACGGUCCCUCACCUACCGAUUUGCCUUUGCCGGGUUCUGGUCCGCAGUUGCUUUCGCAGAAGUUGAUCUACCGGCGCCACUGAACGAUUGGGGUAUAGUCAAAGGCCUUUUGCUACGUCAUUUUCGCUGGUGGAGUACCAAAUCCGAUGUAUUCAAUAUUGACGGGACCUUGACCAUCGGCUUCACGUACCCUCAGAUGUAUAUGAGCGAGGACUACAAUUCUCCUCAGUCACCUUAUUGGGCUCUGAAAUCUUUCGUCGCACUCGGCCUACCACCGGGACACCCUUUUUGGACAGCCGAGGAGAAGUCCCUACCCGUCGCAGAGCUUGAACUCUCAACACCAAUCAAACCUGCGAUGCAGAUUGUAUGCCAUAGUGAGAAUCAUCACUUCCUGUUAUCGAGUGGCCAAUUCUGUCCUUGGCCGCUCAAGGCGACUGAAGCCAAAUAUGGAAAAUUCGCCUACUCCUCGCAAUUUGGAUUCAGUGUACCUACAGGGUCCCUAAUACAGCAAAUCGCUCCAGAUAACACACUUGCGCUGAGCAAAGAUGAUGGCGAUACCUGGCGCGUACCAUGGAAAGUCCACGACUAUCGGUUCGACAAUGCGUGGCUGCGAAGAGGCUGUCAAAUAAUGGAAGAGAUACCUGCAUUAAGGAAUACGUGGAGGCCUUGGAAAGACGCAGAUAUCCAAGUGAAAACAACUCUUAUUGCGCCAUCCGCGCUCAUAUGCUCGAAUGCUGGUAGUAGUGGCAUACGAUCUCUCAUCUCUACCAACUGUCAGCAGUCCAAGGGGGAGGUACUCAAGCCGGAUUCCAAUACCGACCUGAUGUGGCAAAGAACACUGAUUCCGACGACCAUCAGUACGACAACAAUACAGCCAAGCUCAAGCAUGGAUUUUGUCACUGCUGUUUUCGCCGUGGCACGAAGGACAGGGCUUGAAAACGAGUACAGCGAGGUUGCCCUUGGAGAAAAGUGGAGAGACGUACCGCAGAUCUCACACCCAACGAAGGAUAAAGCGCCGUCGUCAGAUUUCAUCGCGUGCCCACAAGACUAA